ACCAUCAUACCUGUUUUCUAUACACUUUGUUGCUCAAGUGACGUGAUUCUUUACGAUGUCUAAUUUUGUGAAAUAAACAUCUGGUAAAAACUUUCACAAUUUGCCCGUGCAUUAUCUAAUAUGCUACAGAAGAAGGCCCGUCCAGGGUACAAGAAGAUCAUCAAAACCUCCGCCAAAACGCUGAUUGUUGUCGAAGCCCUGCUGUUUGCCGUGUCGUACGCGGGCUGGUACCGACUGAACACGAAUCGCGAGUUCCGGUACUACGUGAAGGAAAACUAUCCGAGCAUUUUGGAAGCUUACUACCAGCUGGGCGAAACACUCGGCGGUGACAAGAGCAUUCGCACGUACGACGACAACGUUUGGCAACAGGAGCAGCAGCAGGCGGCGAAGAAGUAG